AUGUCGAUAGCUGCCCGCAACAAAAAAAUCUUCCCCAGGAGGGGUCCAACAGCUACAAUACAUUUGAGCGACCCAUUUUAUAAGAAACUAGAAGAUAUCGUAAAAAAAUUCAAUGAUUACGCAAAACAACUUCAAAUGGCCACUCCCGCUCCCGCCAAGGCAUCUCAAAUCAUAAUCGUAAAAAACUCUCUCAAAACAGCGUCACAAUUUAUUUUCGACCCGGCUGGUGUAUUUUAUCGCGAAUCAAGGAUAUCAAGUGUCCUGAAAACCUUAACGAUCCACAAAGUAAGGAACCCCCGGAACCCAGAUAACGAUGACAGCGAGGUCAUGGCCAUGGCCACCAAGCUCUACGACCGCUGGAUAUCCGGCGACUUCACUCCAGACCACCCGCCGAACGUCGCGAGAAGGGUCCCUAGGGCUGUAGUAGCCAAUAGGGGGGAACGUCGCGUAAGGAGCUGGAAAGCUACUAUCCGGAAAAACCAUAAGGCACUUGGCCAUAACGGCAUAAAAAUUGGAGAUGCUGAGCGGAGCAGAGUGAUGGGGAAGUCAAAGUAUUCCAGGCGCCCUGUCCGGGUGCUCCGGGCGGCUUCCGGGAGUUCGGCGUUCACACCUGAGCAAGGGAUCCGCUAUGACGGUCUGUACCUUGUGGUCAACUGCUUCGAGAGGAGAAGUAACGGAGAAGUAUACUGGCUCUUCGAGCUUCACAAGGUCCAGCAGCCACCACGGUGGUUGGAGCAGAAAUAG